GGGGUUCUCCCCACAUUUUACUCUUUCUUGAUGACUCCUGGAGGUGGUAGUGGGCCCAUGAAAGACUGUGAAUACAGUCAGAUCAGCACACACAGCUCUUCGUCUCCCAUGGAGUCUCCCCAUAAGAAAAAGAAAUCAGUUCCCAAGAGAAAAUGGGAGGUUUUUCCUGGAAGAAACAAAUUCUUCUGCAAUGGGAGGAUCAUGAUGGCUCGACAGACUGGAGUCUUCUACCUGACUCUUGUUCUCAUCUUGGUCACCAGUGGACUCUUCUUUGCAUUUGAUUGCCCGUAUUUGUCAGAGAAGAUUACACCUGCUAUACCUGCAAUUGGUGGGAUUCUUUUCUUUUUCGUGAUGGGGACCCUGCUGCGUACUAGUUUCAGUGACCCUGGUGUCCUCCCCCGCGCAACACCAGACGAAGCAGCAGAUCUAGAGAGACAAAUAGGUAACACCGAAGAUAUAGCAAAUGGCUGCAGUUCAGGAGGAUAUCGUCCCCCUCCCAGAACAAAAGAAGUGAUCAUCAAUGGACAGACAGUGAAACUAAAAUAUUGUUUUACUUGCAAGAUUUUCCGCCCACCUCGUGCCUCACAUUGCAGCCUUUGUGAUAACUGCGUAGAACGGUUUGAUCACCACUGUCCCUGGGUAGGCAACUGUGUGGGGAAAAGAAACUACAGAUUUUUUUAUAUGUUUAUUUUAUCUCUGUCCUUUCUGACAGUCUUUAUAUUUGCAUUCGUUAUCACCCACGUCAUCCUUCGUUCUCAACAAACAGGGUUCCUCAAUGCUCUGAAGGACAGUCCUGCAAGUGUGCUGGAAGCUGUGGUGUGUUUUUUCUCAGUAUGGUCCAUUGUUGGCCUCUCAGGUUUUCAUACGUAUUUGAUCAGCUCCAAUCAAACAACAAAUGAAGAUAUUAAAGGAUCAUGGUCAAAUAAAAGAGGUAAAGAAAACUAUAAUCCCUACAGUUAUGGCAACAUCUUUACUAACUGCUGUGCAGCUCUCUGUGGGCCCCUUUCUCCAAGCUUAAUUGACAGAAGAGGAUUUAUACAGCCGGAUACACCGCAAUUAGCAGGACCAUCAAAUGGCAUUACCAUGUACGGGGCCACACAAUCCCAGAGCAACAUGUGUGACCAAGAUCAGUGCAUUCAGAGCACUAAAUUCGUUUUGCAGGCUGCUGCCACCCCCCUCCUCCAGAGCGAGCCAAGCAUAACUAGCGAAGAGCUCCCUUUACCAGGAAAGACUUCUCUCAGUGGGCCUUGUGCAACUCUGACUCUAGGGCAACCAACACCACCAUCUUCUAUGCCUAAUCUCACAUCAGAUUCAGGUUUGACAGACAUCAUACCAUUAAAAGAGGAGCACGAAGGCCAUCAGUUCCUCACUCCCGAAGAAGCUCCGUCGCCGCCCGGGAUGCUGCCGAGCGGGAGCCCCAUUGCGCACAGCCGCACCAUGCACGUCCUGAGCCUGGCCAGCCAGGACUCCUUGCACGAAGACUCGGUGCGCGGCCUCGUGAAGCUUAGCUCGGUUUGAGCAGCUUUUCUGAACAUCACACCAUUCCCCGGUGUCUAUACAGAUCUGUGCUUGGCAGGAAUGGCGCUGCAGUACCGCUGUAAGGCUUCGUAACAUGCCUGUAAUGGAAACUUUAUCACUUAAUGGAGUCUACUAAAAAGGACAAGUUAUUUUUUUCAAUGGAGCUAUGGCAUUUUUUUGACCAGGUUGUUAACGGUUGUGCUUUGAUGGUGACUGCUUUUUACUUUUAAAUAAAACCAGAAAAGGUCAAUAAUCUCGUUUCCUGAAGCUGGGGUACAGUGAGUUGGAAGCCAGCCUGUAGCAAACACCAUGUACAGUACUAAAGAGAGAGAUUCUUGGAUGUAAGUGUCAUGCUCUGUGUUCUAUGCUCUUGUAAUACACACUUGUUACGGCUUACCACACCUGUGGCCAGAAUGAUCUGCACUUACGUGUUAUGCUACCAAUAUUUGACAUAGAAAAUUGCCAUUCCAUUUGUUAAUACAAAACAAAACAAAAGACUGCAGAUGUGGAUUUGCAUGCCACGCUACAGUAUGUGUUACAGUGGUGUUGGUAUUAAGAGAAAGUGCUGCUUUUUUAUUUGUGACUUUCAAAGUGCUGUUUCGUUUAAAGACAGUACAGCAAACAAAUUAAUGGACUAUAUUUUUUGAAUUUAUUAAAUUUUAUUUUAAAUUAAUCAGUGGUGCCUAGAAGAUGAUGAAUUACUGAUUUGAUCAUGUUGCAUAUCAUUUAACCUUAUGUUUAAGUGUUUAAGUGAGGUAUUGUGUUGUGCCAUACCACAAGAUCCUUCCACUCCCUAAUGUGAUACAAUUACCUGUGGACCUCCAAUAAAAUGACAUCCUCUAUUCCAUUGGUGUGUACAGUUA